ACCUGACUCGGCUGCGGGCUGAGGAGACACAAGGGAAGCGGCCGUCGCGGGAGCCAGAUCCUCGCCCUGGGACCCCCGCGCCAUGCCGUCCGAGAAGACCUUCAAGCAGCGCCGGAGCUUCGAACAAAGAGUGGAAGAUGUCCGCCUGAUCCGCGAACAGCACCCCACCAAAAUCCCGGUGAUAAUAGAACGAUACAAGGGUGAGAAGCAGCUGCCCGUCCUGGACAAAACCAAGUUCCUUGUACCUGAUCACGUGAACAUGAGCGAGCUCAUCAAGAUAAUUAGGCGCUUACAGCUCAAUGCCAAUCAAGCCUUCUUCCUCCUGGUGAACGGGCACAGCAUGGUGAGCGUGUCCACGCCCAUCUCUGAAGUGUACGAGAGUGAGAAAGAUGAAGAUGGCUUCCUGUACAUGGUGUAUGCCUCCCAGGAGACAUUCGGGACAGCCCUGGCUGUGUAAGACGAGAACAAUGCGUAUUGUUUGUUAAGCCCUUACCAAGGAAAAAAGGGACGUCACCAGCAGAAGCUGGUCAGCUCACCACUCACAGAUCAGAACGUAGGCGCCCACCUAGGGUGUUAGGAACUGUUUAUCAGCCAGAAACUGAGCUCCAUGCAAGCGCAUUCAGCUUGGAAACUCAUCUAAACUAGGCUAUCUUGUGUUCAAACUUUAGAAGUUUAAAAAUAAAAUACUUUGCAUCCUAAGUUGCCAAUAAAAAGACCAAGUUAUUUUGACAUUUUUCUCCCCAGUAGGGACUUAAAAUGGAACAGCAGCAACAGGGGCAGUCUCUUCCUGGGACCUGUUGUCUUCUCUAAAAGGGCUUGAAACUCAGUAGAGAAGUCUCCCUAAACAGUCCCUUGGCACAGGUUGCCUAGUGGAGGUCCCCAGGGGCCUCUGGCUUUACCCAAACAGGUCAGAUAUAUAGGAUAUGACUCCAAAGAACCUGGUCCUGCCCCCCCAGCUGCACCGCCAUGUUCACUCUCAGCAGCACAGGCAAGCUCACUCGCUGCUGUGCAGCUGUUGCCACAGACACGAGGCCAGUUCCAGCCUUGGUCAGGGUCGACUGGUCCAGCUUAAGAGACUGCAGAGCAAAGUGUUUUUUGUUUGUUUUUCUCCUGGUUUGGAUUUUGUCUGGUCCAUGCCUGCACGGAGGAGCGGGGAGGUGUGCAGUGCCGGUGCCGGCCUUGGGUGCAGCUAGCAAAUGGUAGGCUGGACUUGGAAGUUCAACUGCCUCUGCACUUGCCUCGCAGCUACAGCUGUUUGCUAGUGUAUCGCUCAAAGGCUGGUUGUCAGGCAGCUGUCGGGGUUUUUCCACUUCAUGUCAGAACACGUCAGCUGUGAAGACAGCAGCAUCAGGAGACACGUGGUCUUGGAGGACAUCUAUGGCCAGUUCCAACUAAAGCAAGUCACUGCUUCCUGCAUGUGGUCCACUGGGACAUUCAGACCACCCUGCUCACUCAUUUGUCUGAGAAUCUGAGUGAGAGAGCUGCCUGCUGUCAUGGAGGGAAGCCCAUCUAGCCACCUUCCAGCCUCGCUCCUUACAGGCACCCCCACCCCUCCCUGCAUGCAGCUGUCCAAUUGCUAACUCUCCGUUAUUUUACGUUGUGUAAAGCCUCACUGCCCUUGUCCUGUGCAGGUUGUGUGUUAUUAUAUCCCUGGUUUUUAUAACUAUGGUGCGAUCAAUAAGGAUUCCUGUAAUACUGCUUUAAAAAAUGCUGCUCAGAGGGUGGCUUCAUUUAUAGGACGCCUGUACACUUUGAUGCACUAAGUGAAUAAAGGCACAACUGAAACUCAA